AUGGCAACCACUCCUUCAUCAUGGCUCGACGAUGCCUUCACGUCUGCGAAGGAAGACUUCAAGAAAAGCCUCAAGAAUCCGGCCUUGUAUGACUUUUCAAAAAUCAAUUCUCCAGACGAUGUAAUCGACGAAGCGAUCAGGAUACAGAAGCAACAAGCAAAGACUAAGACACUCCGAGGGUUAAAACGUAUUGACCCACUCAUCAACGGUCUCAAGGAAUAUGCCGCCGUCAUUGAAGUGUUCGUGCAAGUAAAACCCGACAUUAUGGGUCUUAUUUGGGGUCCACUCAAGUUCAUACUCCAGGCGUCAAGCGCUGUCAUUUCGGCCUUUGACAAAGUAGUCAAAGUCAUAGGCGACCUAGGCAUGACGCUCCCUAGUUUCAAGAUUUAUGCCCAGUUAUUUGAGUCCAACCACGAGAUCCGCCGAGCGUUAUGUCUCUUCUACGCAGACAUUCUUGACUUCUACGCCGUCUUAAUAAAUUUUCUCUCCAACCGAAGGUUGAAUGUAUUUCUUGAGUCUUUAUGGCCCAAUAUUCGCUCCAGCAUAGCGAAGAUUCAAGAAAACAUGGAGUAUCACAAGGCCAUGAUGACAGCAAAUGUAACGCUCGAAGAUAUCGUACAAGCUCAUCAGGCCAGGAAGCUCGCCCUUGAAGAGCAUGCACGUGCACAGGCUUUUCGAGAAAGUCAGACUUUCAGCGCCAUCCGCAACGAACUCAAUCCACAUAACUACGACGUAGAGUUGAUGGACAUACUACGCCGAAGCUCUGUCGCGUCUGGUAAUUGGUUGGACGACGAACCGGACUCUAGAAGAUGGUAUGACCCAGCAGAUAAUACCGUACGAUGUUUAUGGCUUCAUGGUAUUCCUGGUUCUGGUAAGACAUUUCUUGUCAGUAACCUCAUAAAAAAGAUGCAGGAUUCCGGUGAACGGGUCAUUUUCGUCUUCUUAUCCCACGAUGACCAGGCUUCUGGUGACACUGUCAAAGUCCUCCAUUCGCUCAUUUUCCAACUUCUCGAAUACGACACAACCCUCCGGCCAAUCGUCUAUGAAACUCCUCAACCUAACCAUAGGAAACUGAAAAGUGAUUCCAGUUUUGUCUUAGACCUACUAUGUACCAUCCUCAACAGUUUAGGGGCCAGUUACAUCAUCCUAGAUGGCUUAGACGAAUUGAAUGAGAACUCCUGGAAGCAUCUCCUCUCUAGCCUGUUGCAAAUUAACGAGAAAUGUCCAGAGGCGAAGCUUCUUAUCAGCAGUAGAGAGGAACGCGAAAUAUCAUUACGAUUAAAGAGCAAAUCCGUUCCUCUUCGAGUCGAUUACAAAAAUCUUCAUGAUAUCGAUGCAUUCGUCCAGCUCGAAUGUGAAUGUAUUAUCGAUGAGAAGAAGAGAUAUGGAGCAGAUGAUCAAACAAGAAUGUUCAUCUACGCUAAAUUGGUCCUGCAGAUGAUAAAGGAUCAGGGAACCCUCUACGACAUCGAGAUGCAGAUGGAAAACCUCCCAGAUGGGCUAGACCAAGCUUAUGGCCGCCUCCUUGAUAGGAUGAAGCGUGGACUUACGCAGGCUCUCCCCUGCGCCCCGAGGCCCCUGAGGGAAGAGGAGAUACUACAGAUACUAGUCCUGGAGCCAGGACAGUCCGAUUUCACCAAGGGGCGAAAGGAAUUCCGUGAUAUUUGUAGGGCAUGUGGUCCGAUCAUUGAGCUUCAUGGAGGAUUUAUUCGGUUUGUUCACUUCUCCGCCAAAGAAUACCUUCUCCACGAACAGAGUGGUAGUUUCUUGAACCUCACCGAAUCACAUCUCAACGCCGCUUUACUUUGCGCAACGUACCUAUCAUUCUCAUCGUUGAAUCCGUUAUUCCAUUCCCUACCAGUAGUACGGGACGAUAUUCAAAGGCGAAUUAUGAGUGGCGAUUAUGUUGUGUUUGAAUACAUGUCGGCGGCGUUUCUGGAGCAUCUUAAGACAUAUUUACAGAGUCGGGAUCUAGAUCUGGAUAUUUCUCUUGUCACUGCUCUAAGACAACUCCAAGAGGCCCGAGGCACCGCUCCCGUCAAUGGUGACCAUGUUCCAAACCGGGUUGUUCGCACAUUUAAGGAUUUGGCCGUUGUGCCCGAGCUUCAAGCUUUUCUCUCAGCCGCAGCCUAUUAUCAGACACAAGCUAAGCUUGGCUUAACCAACCAAGAUGGUUUCUCAAUCAGUGACCCUCUCCAGAUCUUCUUAGCCCGGCGAAAACUUCGGCAAGCCAUAGAAAGCAUGAUAUGUCAGGGCCCGAACCAUAUAUUUGGCUGUCGUUGCGAUCAUCUAAAGCAUCUUUACGGGACGAAGAUAUAUCAUUGUGAUCAACAUUUCUGCUACGCAUACCAAAGUGGGUUCGAGUCGAAACAAGCCAGAGACCGACAUUUUGAGAUCCACGAACGGUCACAUAGAUGCCCUAUGGUGAAUUGUCUAUUUUCAGAGAUAGGAUUCCGCGAUGUAACGGAGCUUCAAAGGCAUGCUCGGGCGGCACAUCCUCCAGCAACUCUAGAGAGAAAUCACGCAGACCUUGGCACGUUACCCAUUCAACCGUCAGAUGAUCUAUUCGAGAUUUUUAGGAGCGCAGUGGUACUAGAUCAGCGGCAAGUAAUCGAAGAGAUGCUGAUUAGAAUGCAAGAAACUAGUUUCGAGAAAGGUAGAUGGGACCAGCUUAUAUGUGAAGCUUCCUCGAAAGCAUCCUCAUAUACUCUUUCUUGUAUACUUGUUCAACCGUGGCUUGAUGUAUCGAACUAUUCGCCGGCAUUGUCAGCGGCAUUAUCGGCAGAAAGCUUCCCGAAUAUCAAGCUCUUACUCUCUUUUGGACUAAAUAUGUCAGACCAGAUAGAUUAUGAGCGUGUCAUUUAUUCGGUUACUGGAAAAGUUACGGUACCAGUGAGACCGACUGGAUACAUUUUUGCGUUAAGUCGUUGGAGUCCGAAUCUAGUAGCCUUUUUGGUCAACGAAUGCCAAGUGGAGUUCCCCGAACAGGUUGAUAGUCCAGAACUGAUCUUCAUUGGUCCUCCCACUGACGUGUAUACCCCUGAUGAAGCGAUGAAGCGUUUUAAUGAAAUAAAACAGUACAUCGUUUGGCCCGGGGUAUAUGAGCUGGGUGUUGUACAAGCCAUGGUGGGUGGGUGCGUCGUUGGUGUUAGGAUCUGUCUAGAAAACGGAGCUGACCCGAAUGCGAUCCACCGUAUGUUAGGAGAUAAUUCGAAGGCCAAUAGCCUAUUAUAUCACGCAAUUUAUAUAGGAGGCGAGAGAGGUGCCGAGUUGGUGAAGCUGCUUUUAAAGCACGGUGUAUCGGUAGAAGGGUUAAAUUUUCACUCGAAAAAGAUGGACAAAAAGAUGGCUAUAAUUGAGAGAUGCUUUGGGUACGAAUGGGAAGAAGUUGUUCGCAGAAUUCGAGCAGGCGAAGACCUUACUAUAACCCCACGUAGAAAGAAACAGAGAGCAUAA